CCAACUUCUUUCUUCACUCGUUUCCCCAGCUCUCUCGUUAUUGCGGCAUCUCUUCGCUUCUUCCUUCUUUCUCUCCCUUUCUUCGUCUUUUUCGUUAGCCAGUCCAUCGUAUAAUCCUCGACUUGACUCGACUCGAUCCAGCUCUCUUCCACUCUUUACAGAGCCUCAUCCAUCUAUCCAUACGUUUUGCCUGUGUUCGUCUGCUGGCGAUUUAUCAAUUUGUGCCAUUUCUCCGUUCAUCCAUCAGUAAUUGGCGUCACCAUGAAGGGAUUCGCUCUUCUCUCAGCCGUCGCCGGCCUCGGAGCCGUCAUGGCUUCUCCCACGCCUUCAAAGAGCAACCCUCCAUCCAAGAGGGCCUCGGUGCCCGCCGUCUCAGCCUCUGGAAAUGCUUUCUGGGCCGAUGGCAAGCGCUUCUACCUUCGCGGUAUUGACUACCAGCCCGGCGGUGCUGCAGCCAACGAGGAUCCUCUCGCUGACCCCAAAACCUGCACCCGUGACAUCAAGAACUUUAAGGACCUCGGAGUCAACACUAUUCGUGUUUACGCCGUCGACAACUCCAAGGAUCACGACGAGUGCAUGAGCGCUCUGGCCGAUGCUGGCAUCUACUUGGUUCUUGACGUCAACAACCCAGGCUACUCCAUCAACCGUCUUAAUCCCGGCACCUCUUACAACACCAUGUAUCUUCAGAGUGUUUUCGCGACCGUUGAGAUGUUCGCCAAGUAUGACAACACGCUGGCUUUCUUUUCUGGCAACGAGGUCAUCAACGACGAGCCUGGAACUGACAAGUCUGCUCCCUAUGUCAAGGCUGUCACCCGUGAUAUGAAGAAUUACAUGAACUCUCGAGGACUACGCAAGGUCCCCGUUGGAUACUCUGCUGCCGAUGUCUCCUCCAACCGCAUGCAGACAGCCAUGUACAUGAACUGUGGCAGUGACGACGAGCGAUCUGAUUUCUUUGCCUUUAAUGACUACUCUUGGUGCAACAGCGACUUCAAGACCUCUGGUUGGGACCAAAAGGUUAAGAAUUUUACCGACUAUGGCAUUCCCAUCUUCUUGUCCGAGUGGGGUUGUAUCAAGAACCGCCCUCGCAAGUUUGAGGAGCUGUCUGCCCUUAUGAGCUCGCAGAUGAGUUCAGUCUACUCCGGUGGCAUCAUGUACGAAUACUCCAAGGAAGACAACGACUAUGGGAUUGUCACUAUCGACGGUGACUCCAUCUCCAAGUCGGACGAGUACGAUCUCUUUAAGAGCGCCUUGGCUGAUAACCCGACUCCUACUGGUUCCGGUGGUGCUGCCAGCUCUAGUCACGCUGCCAAGUGUCCGCCCAAGGACUCCAGCUGGAAUGUCGACCCCAGCCUGGUCCCCCAGAUACCGGAAGCUGCCGCUAAGUUCAUGAAGAAGGGUGCUGGUUCUGGUCCUGGCCUUGGUGGCGAGGGCUCUCAGAACGCAGCCGAUAGCGGGACUGCCACGGCUAGUGUAACAGGCGGUACGGCUUCUCCUACUGGCACAUCUGGGUCUGCGUCUGAGACGGAAUCCGACAGCGCUGCUGGCUCCUUCUCCCACGGCCCUCUGGACAAGGCGCCAUUUGUCGUGUCUGGCUUGACCUUGAUGUUCACUUUGUUUGGCACUCUUCUUCUCUAAAGCUUUAAAUCUUUAUUGAUUUGAAAGGUUUUUACGUUCUCUUUACUUUUGGUAUUGGGGGGCCUUGUAAACCCGGCAAUUAGACCAGGGGGCUCUGGUGUACGGUAUAAAAGGAAUUCGAGUUGGCCGUAAUGUAAAGGCCAACGGUGUCUGGCUCUGCAAAGACUAGACAGGGACGGGAAGAAUGAUAAUCUUACAGUCUAGGCUUUGGAGCCAUUGUUUAUACGCGCAUCGUCUUCUUUUUCUUUCAAGAAUCAUUUUUGGUC